AUGGCCGUCCUCUAUGUCAAGGGGAGGAUUAUCUUCGUGACGCUUCUGGUUGCCCUGUACUACACCAACAAGUUGGUCCAUGGGGCGCUGGCCCUGGACUUCAGGGAGGUGAACGUGAUCGUCGAUUACAUGAUCCUGCCCAAGCUCGUCAAAGCAGCCAAGCUGCCCGACGACAACAUGAUCCUGCCCAAGCUCAACAAGCUGAUCAAGGAGCCCAGCGAGUUCAGGAAACUGGACGUCCUGGAGGAAGUGGUGCACAGCGACUACACGAUCCAGGACAACCUGCAGGUCGAAGUAGUCGUCAGCAGAGGGAUCCAGCACAAGCACAAGGGGACGAUCACCGACGACCACAUGAUCCGGCCCAAGCUCGACAAGCAGAUCAGGGUGCUCGCCGUGAACACGACCCGGGACAUCCACGUGAGCGAGAUCUACCUGGACAUGGACGACGUGAUUCGGGACGACCACGUCAAGCUCCCUCUGCUGGUGCGUCGUCGAGUGCGAGCCGACAUUGGCCAAGUGACCCUGCAGACUGGGGACCUCCGCCUUGGGAUGCAUCGGCAGCUACUUCCACGAGCCAACAAGCGAACUCGCGAGUUGGAUUUUACAGAUAUGGACAAUGGGUGGGGCGAGAGAGAACACAAGAGGAGCAACGCUUCCAUACAGGCGGGCAAGGACCUUCUCAACCGACACCUACAGCGACUACAGGAUGAAGCCACAACCGUAUGGGAUGAGCCUGUACCACAAGCUGAAGAAGUUGACUGGUUGGAGGACGUCGCGGAGGACCACACGUCGUGCUCUUCCUCGACAACUGGGCUACAAGAGGAGGAAGAAGACCUGUCGCGGGAAGAUCGCCAUCCUGAUGUACCUGGGGAGAAUGUUGGUCACAGCUUGGAAGAUGGGGAUGAAAGUGAUGCCCCAACUGUCCAAAGUUGGCCGAGAGAUGAGGCUAGCCAGGCCGAUGAUGCAAGCCACGCCCGUCCUCGUGUCUCACAACCCUCUUGGACGUCUAAGAAUUGGGAAGACUGGCAAACUGCCACAGGCGGGGACGAUGAUGAUGACGAUGGAGUCUUCAUGCAACUGGGUAUGUCUGAGGAAGCCGAGCUGGAAAACCUCGGGAUCUAUGACCAGGGGCGACGUGAGCUGCGACACCUUCUCCGUGCACUACAUGAACUUGACAAUAUGGACGAGGGUCCGGAGGGGCGGUGGGCACUACGCACUUGGCUGGUGCGCUGGAGACAUGUCUUGGGGGUGCUGCAGUCGAUCACAGAGAUCAUUGAGCGGAGACUGUCGCCCAACCCUGCGUGCCACAUCCCGUUGGUGAGGGAGCCUCGGAUUGCAGCUCAGAGAACCAGACUAUUGGGACCAGCGGGGCGAAUACUACGUACACUCAUGGGGAUUGCGGAUGACCUCCUUCGCUACCGCUCGGCGCGACUUGCGCGCCUUCCUGAAGGAGUUCCUCUUCCACCGCGACCAGCCGAUCGUCUUGCACCUGCCGCUGAACCUGCUCCUGUUCGGCCUGGGGAUGCUCCGCUGAUAGAACGCUCCAGAAGCCGUAGUCGUGAAAGGGGCGCAACUGGCGAAGCCAACCAUAACUCGGAACCUGAAGCCGAGGACACGUUGGAUGGGAUGAGUCUAGUGCAAACCUUCAUGAUGGACGAAUGGCAAGACCUCACCAAUGAAGGAGUCGACGGGGCGGAUCUCACGGAUAUCGACACCUGGUUGGGACAACUGGCACUACAAGUUGGAGACCGGGGACAACCGCAGCAUGUUCGUGCCCAAGCCAUGUGGAGCCUUUUCGUUCACACUCGUGCUCUUCGUCAUGGAGUGCGUAUCCUGCUGGAGAUCAUCAACAUGCUGGAGCAACGUGAAGUUGCUGGGGGCGCUUAUUUGCCAAGUGAUGAUGCAACCAGGGCGCUUUCAAUGGGGCGAUUGAUGACGCUUGGGUGCGGCCAGACCUCCUUCCACCGCGCUUUCGAGAACAACAACGACCUCCGCGAGGACAACCGGGGCGGGACAACUUGCUCUUGCGACGCAUGGAAGGGCGAAGAGAAUCUGCAGCAGAAAACCUUCGUCAAGCUGAAGAAGCAAGUGGUGAUGCAAGGGGGCGAUAUUUGGACGCGCGCACUGCCUUUGCUCGAGAACAACGUGCACGUGAAGCUCUACGAGAAAUACCUGCUGGGGAAGAAGCUGCAGCAGAACAUGAACCACCUGAACAUGGGUGCCAUUCGUGGCUGGUCAAGACACCACAACCUCUACGAGUGCUUGUGCUACUACAACCUCUACAUGGGGCGUGGGACCGCUUACCCCGGAAACACUCUCGGCGACACCAAGUACUACGUCCCCUACCUCCGUGCUGGCCAGCUCUGUUGGGGCGACCUGGCCGUGUGCAAUGUCUUCCUGCUCCUCGAGCUUGCCGCGCUCCGUGGUUACGUCGGCUACGUCGCA